UUUUACAAAUUACAAUAUUAGUUAUAAUGAAUAUAAGUUAUUACAAAUAAAUAAAUUGUUAUUCGUAAUCAAAUUUCUUUGACUUUUUAACUAAUGAAAUACUAAGUAUACUUUGUUAAAAUCAUUGUCAUAUUUAUAAAGAAUAUUUAAUUAAUAUGACGUUACGACACAGAAUCUUAGAACUGUAUAGCGGUAUUGGUGGCAUGCAUUGCGCAUGGAAUGAAUCGGGGUUGGAAGGUGAAGUAAUAUUGGCUGUUGAUAUAAACAAUGUCGCCAACGAGGUUUACAAGUACAACUUUCCCAGCACUCCAUUACUGAAUAGAAAUAUACAAUGCUUAACACCAGAUUACAUCGAUAAGCUUAAUGUGAAUACAAUUCUUAUGUCUCCCCCAUGUCAGCCCUUUACCAGAAACGGUAAAUAUUUGGACGAAAGUGAUCCUAGAACCAAUUCGUUUUUAUAUUUAAUUGACAUGUUUAUACACUUAGACAAUAUUGAAUAUAUUUUAUUGGAAAAUGUAAAGGGUUUUGAAUGUUCAACUGUUAGAAAUAUAUUUAUAAACAAAUUAAAAGAAUGCAAAUUUGAUUAUCAAGAGUUUCUGCUAUGUCCGUCCAGUUUUGGUGUGCCUAAUUCCAGAUUGAGAUAUUAUUGUAUAGCUAGAAGAAACAAGUCUGAAUGGCUUUUUCGAAGAAAAGAGGAUAUUAUCAAAAGUCUUCCAAAAAAUUAUGGACAUCCUAUAGCUUUAGAAGAUAUAUUAGAAUUGAAUGUUCCAGAAAAAUAUUUAGUUAGUGACAAAUUGUUAAAGAGGGCUAAAGUAUUGGACAUUUGUUAUAAGAAUUCUAGACGAUCCUGCUGUUUUACUAAAGCAUAUACACAUUAUGUCGAAGGCACUGGUUCAGUUUUUACUAAUGCUACACCAGAGGAAGUAGAAGAAUGUUAUAAAGUAGCAAAAACAUUUGGUGAUAAAAGUGAUGAUUUUGUAGACACAAUAAAACAAUUAAAAUUGAGGUUUUUUACUCCCAAUGAAGUUCUAUCACUUAUGUCAUUUUCGAAAAAUUAUAAAUUUCCUGAAAAUAUUACAACAAAACAAUGUUAUAGGUUAUUAGGAAACAGUGUAAAUGUUAAAGUUAUUACAGAAUUAUUAAAAAUACUCUUUGAAUGAUUAAAGAAUUUAUAUCAUUUU